CGUUGAGCAGCGCCUUGAGCAGGCAGGAGCGGCGGUGGAGGACAGAAUGGAGCGGGCCGGCAUUGACCCGCCCGCCCUGCAGUUUGCCCCCUUCGCCAGCGCCUUGGACGCGGGCUUCUGGCACGAACUGACCCGGAGGAAGCUGAACGACUACAGGCUGGACGAGAGUCCCCGGAACAUCAAGGCGUAUUACUAUAAUGGUGAUCAAUCUGGACUGCCAACUCGACUAACUUUGGAGUUCAGUGCGUUUGAUGUGAAUGCUGUGACUUCACCACGAUGUUGCCCUAUAUUUGGGACUCUGUACAACACCAAUACUCUACAGUCAUUUAAAUCCACUGAUAAGAAGGCCUUACUGGACCAAGUGGGAAAUGAGAUUUGGGAAGCUAUAAAAUCUGGCAGAGCAAUUGAGGAUCCUUCACUGUUGAGCAGUUUUCUUCUCUUGACUUAUGCCGAUUUAAAGAAGUACCAUUUCUACUACUGGUUUGCAUUUCCUGCUUUGUGCUUCCCAGAACCGAUAGUCAUGGUGCAGCCACCAGUCAGCCUAGCAGACAAGUUCUCUACAAGUCAGAUCCAGACUCUCCAAGAAGCCUAUGAUGAACUUUGCCAAAAGGAGGAGACUACAGCGGUCCCUUAUUUUCUGGCCAAAUACACAGAAGAUUCUGUUUCAUUGACAACUUUGAGAAACUGGAAUGAAUUUUUCAAAGGUCAGACCAAGGUCACAGUUUGUGUCUAUGAUCCUUGUACCUUAACCCAGUAUCCAGGAUGGCCCCUGCGAAACCUUCUGGUCCUUAUAGCCUAUAAUUGGGGCAGCUUUCUGGACUCGCUUGAGGUUCUCUGCUUUCGUGAUCGGACUCUGCAAGGGGUCAGAGACACCAGGCACAGCAUCUUCUUUGAAAUAAAACUUCCCCAAAUGGCAUCGGUCGCAGGUUGUCCAAAGUGUGUUGGUUGGGAAAAAAACCAAAAAGGAGGCCUGGGUCCGAGGAUAGUCAAUCUCAGUGAAUGUAUGGAUCCGAAGAGGCUGGCCGAUUCAUCUGUUGAUCUCAAUCUAAAAUUAAUGCGUUGGCGCCUGGUACCAACCCUUGAUCUGGAUCAUGUGGUGACAACGCGGUGUUUGCUACUAGGAGCUGGGACACUUGGCUGCAAUGUAGCACGCACUCUCAUGAGUUGGGGAGUGAGGCAGAUCACCUUUGUGGACAAUGCAAACGUGUCCUACUCCAACCCAGUGCGCCAGUCCUUGUAUGAGUUUGAAGAUUGUCUCGAUGGUGGGAAACCCAAAGCACUAGCUGCAGUGGAUAAACUGCGGAAGAUCUUCCCAGGAGUGAAGGUGGAAGGAUAUAACCUCACCAUACCAAUGCCUGGUCACCCUGUGAAUUUUUCUGAGGUGACGAUGCAACAGGCGCAGAAUGAUGUUGAACAACUGGAGAAGCUCGUUUGUUCGCAUGAUGUGAUUUUCCUGCUAAUGGACACGCGUGAGAGUCGCUGGCUUCCCACGGUCAUCGCUGCCAGUCAGCGCAAGUUGGUUAUUAAUGCAGCUUUGGGGUUCGAUACAUUUGUUGUGAUGAGACACGGUCUGAAGAAGCCCAAGCAGGAGUGUGGAGAACCUGCUUCAGCUGCCACUGCCUCUGUUCCAUCCUCUGUGAUGGGCUCUUCACUCUUCUGCAACAUUCCUGGCCACAAGCUGGGCUGCUACUUCUGUAAUGAUGUGGUAGCACCUGGAGAUUCAACGAGAGACCGCACACUGGACCAACAAUGUACAGUGAGUCGUCCUGGCUUAGCCAUGAUAGCUGGAGCACUUGCGGUGGAGCUGAUGGUUUCUAUACUGCAACAUGCUGAAGGUGGGUAUGCAGUAGCCAGCAGCAGUGACGAUCGGCUGAAUGAACCUCCGACAUCGCUUGGACUUGUCCCUCAUCAGAUCCGUGGCUUCUUGUCAAGGUUUGACAAUGUCCUCCCAGCAAGUCUAGCGUUUGAUAAGUGCACAGCAUGCUCAUCAGUGGUCCUUGACCAUUUUGAAAAAGAAGGCUUUCAGUUCCUGGCUAAUGUUUUCAACUCUUCUCAUUCUUUCCUGGAAGAUCUUACUGGACUGACACUUUUACACCAGGAGACACAGGCAGCCGAGAUAUGGGAUAUGAGUGAUGAUGAAAGCUUCUGAAAGCAGUCUGCGGCUACCAAAUGGAUGACGUUUGAUACUGAGUUGCAACUUGGACUGAUCCCAAAACCCUCUCCAGAAUGCAAUUCUAACGUGCAAUAACAGCCACCCUGGCUGAGCAUUCACUGUCAUUUUCAUUGGUACAUUUGGCUUAAUUAAGAAGCACUUUGUUUUCAAUAAAUACAUUUUAUCUCCUAAUGUUUUUUUUGGAGUUGAAAAUAGGCAAAUGUUCACGAUACGUACAGCCAGACAGCAGUCUAGAGAUGAUUAUCACGGCAUCAGCAAUAAAAGCAAUAAUCUCACAUCUGAAUGUCAAAGCAUAUAUUCAAAGUUAAGGGCCUGUCCCACUGUACGAGCUAAUUCAAGAGUUCUCCCGAGUUUCCCCGAUUCGAACUCGGAGAAUUACGGUAAUAGCCGCUCGUAGGUACUCGGGGCUUUCGUGGACAUUUUUCAACAUGUUGCAAAAUCUUCACGAGUCUUCCCGAGCUUACCGCGUUUCCCGAGAACCUGCCCUUAGCGGUACGAGCCGUUAAGAGACGUCCCGAGCUGCGACGUACCCGCUACGUACAUUCUCCAUGCUUGCCACGAGUUUGAUUUUUUUUAAACUCGGGAGAGCUCUUGAAUUACCUCGUACAGUGGGACAGCCCCUUUAUUCUAUGUAUUUACAGCCAAGCAUUGGAGCAAAUGAUCCAUGCUGCUAAACUGGGGGGACAUAACCAUUUGCUGACGUUCCUAUUCAUUCUUAAAAAUACCAAUUUACGGGUGUCAAUUGUUUUUCUCAAUGUAAAUGGGUUUUUUUAUUGUCAGUGCAAGCCAAUAGUCUUUGUCUAGGAAGGCUCUGCAGAUGCUGGUUUAAACUGGAGAUCGACACAAAAAACUGGAGUAACUCAGCGGGACAGGCAGCAUCUCUGGAGAGAAGGAAUAGAUGACGUUUCAGGUGGAAGAACGGUCUCGACCCGAACGUCACCUAUACCUGAGAUGCUGUCUGGCCAGCUGAGUUACUCCAGCUUUUUUGUGUCGAUCCAAUAGUCUUUUGUGAUUAUUUUAACUAAAUAUGAGGAGUUUUAAUCACUAAAGCUAUUGGCUUCAUUUAUCAUUUUUUUGUGCAAAAUUAACACCUUUUUAACAUCCUGCGACCGACUCUGCAGCCCUGAAACUACUGCAAGUGUAUGUGCUGGUGGAAUCUGCAUGCAAUGUAUACUACCUAACUCCAUCAUUCAUCAUGGCUGAUUUCAUAGGAACUAAAAAUGAACCUGCUUUUUGUUUGUACCAUUCAACUGCUGUUUUGCUCGCUGUAGUUGGUGUUGAAUGAUGUUGAGAAAUAAAAACCUGUAGGCUGAUA